GUUAAGAAGAGAGCAAGCAACUUUUAGACAGUUAGGUGAUUCAACACAAGCAGAUACCUUUACAUUCUGAUUAAGGACUGUUUGAGACGUGAGACUUCAAAACUAGGAACUAAUGAAUUCACUACAGAGGCUGCUGCUUUUCUGUGGACUUUGCGCAAUAUGUUUUGGAAAUGGCAACUGCAACGACCUAGUGCCAGAAGAUGUGAAGGAAGACAUCAGAGUUCUAGCCACACAUUUUGACAUAAGUAGACCAGACUUGCUUGAGGGUGGUGCUUUAUUCAUUAAAGCCCUCAAUUCUUUUGAGCAACAGGAGAGCGAAGAGAAACUGCUGUUGAAUGAAAUACUAAAUCUGUACAUUAAGAUCUUUGACAACAUGAACAACGUAGAAGAGGACAAGACUCUGGCUGAAAGAAUCCAUCAUAUAAAGAUACGUCUGAGUCAUCUGAAAAAUGCAACGUUCCAGGAGACAUCAACCAACCUGAAGCAGCAACUUGAACUGCUUUGGAACAUUAAGGUGAAUGACCCAGUAGUCCAGCGCAAGGCUGUCUUUGAGUUGAACCAGGUGCUGCAGAAAGCUGAGAAUGUUGGGAGAAAAAUGCAUGAAAAGAAGGAGAAGCAAAGAAGAAGGCGGCAAGCUAAACUUUUAAGGAGAAGAAUGCAGUGAUUUGUUAAUUCUUGAUGCUGACAGUGUCGUCAUUGACUGUUCAUAUUUAUUGAGAUUAAUUUAAAACUAUUUAUUUAAUUUAUAUUUAUAACGUAACUAAAAUCUAGGACACAGCUCUAUAUUUAAGUUAUUUAUGCAACCUGUUCUGUUUUUUCUAAGGGAAAUGUAACAGGUUUUACUUGAAAAAAAAUUAAGACAAUGCAAAGCUUUUUUGUGAUAAAUCACAUUAUGUAUGGUCUAUGACUAAUUUAAUAAA